AGUACCAAACGCAGCAUUAAAGAGCGGCUUAUGAAGCUCUUGCCCUGCUCGGCUGCCAAAACGACAUCUCCUGAUAUUCAAAACAGUGUAGAAGAUGAAAUGGAAAUAGCCACCGUGCGGCAUCGGCCUGAGGCUCUUGAACUGCUGGAAGCACAGAGCAAAUUCACAAAGAAGGAACUUCAGAUUCUGUAUAGAGGAUUCAAGAAUGAGUGUCCCAGUGGGAUUGUUAAUGAAGAGACCUUCAAAGAGAUUUAUUCUCAGUUCUUUCCACAGGGAGAUUCUACAACCUAUGCACAUUUUCUCUUUAAUGCAUUCGACACUGAUCACAAUGGAUCUGUGAGUUUUGAGGAUUUCAUUAUGGGUCUCUCAAUUUUACUCAGAGGGACAGUACAAGAAAAACUCAACUGGGCUUUUAAUUUGUAUGAUAUAAAUAAGGAUGGAUACAUAACUAAAGAGGAAAUGCUUGAUAUUAUGAAAGCUAUAUAUGAUAUGAUGGGAAAAUGCACUUAUCCUGUUCUCAAAGAGGACACCCCUAGACAACAUGUGGAAACAUUUUUCCAGAAAAUGGACAAGAAUAAAGAUGGGGUAGUUACCAUAGAUGAAUUCAUUGAAAGCUGCCAAAAAGUAAGUAAUGAUAAAUUGAUUUAGUUACUCCUAUCAGCUGGCUAAGUGGUUGUCACACGGUACUACCAAUUAGGAUUUGGGUGUAAAGAUGUAGCUUACACUUCUAGGCACCAGGGACCACAUUUCCCAAGGCACCUUUACAAAAAAAUGUGUCUGGCAAACUGUUCUACAAAACAGUCAGUUACAUAUGCAAACAUAUACAAUAUUUGUAUUCAUAGAGGUGAUAGUUUUUGAAAAGCUAAUGUUCAUCUAUUCUACUAGUGUGUUUGCAUCCUCUUUCCGUGCAAAGCUACCAUGUAGUAGACAAUAAAUUGUUUGUUAUGUGAAUAUUUAUUUGAGCCUUGUGCUCGGUAAAUAUCUGCCAGAAUUCACAUUUAUUCACUGUAGGAUAACUGAAUGUGCUAUUAUUUAAGAACUUGUCUACAGUUAGACAAGACAGCCUUAUAAAAAUAAGUAUUAAUUUUUUCAUAAUAAAAUUGCAGAAAACACCAAAGCUACUUGUUAUUUGCACAUUGUACAAGGUUACAAGCUAUUAGAGGAACAUGGUACAUACAGAGGGUGUCAUAACCACAUUAGAUCAAGUGUUGAGAUCCAAACUGGAAAAAGGGCUAGCAACAAUUGAUUAGAUCAUUCAGAUUGAUUUUCUUGAGAAAAGAACUGUCAAUGGCUAGAACAAACUAAAACCAUCAAUUCUGUCUACCAAUAAAUACAGUAAAGUACAGUAGAUUUCAAUGGACAUACUAGCUCUAUUUGGGUGUCCUUGGAUAGGGGGAAAGGAGAUUAGGAAAAUCAAUUAUAAAAGAGUCAAUGUAUUGCCCUUUUGGUAUAUGAGAGAAGGGGUAAACAAGACUAGGAAAAGCAUGUCUAUCCAUGAGCAACAAUUUAUAAACACCUUGUAUCCAGAAAGCUGCACAGGAAAUAUGGUAUGGACUUUGUCAGUUUUUUUACUUGCAUCUCUAGGUAUUCCAUGGGAAAUU